AUGGAAAUUGUCAAGUCACUGGUAUCUCUCAUUUCGCAACAUGCAGCUGCAGCACUACUUCUGUUGCUGGCUGUAGCAGCAGUGCAAACCCAAACGGCUAAGGCACAGAGCUGCACAAUUGAGCUCACCAACCUGAAUGUGUGCGCACCUUUUGUGGUGCCUGGUGCCAACUAAACCAAUCCUAGUCCGGACUGCUGUGGUGCACUCCAGUCUGUGCAGCAUGACUCGGCCUCUGCAGCACUCUCAGGAUGGCUUCUCGCAACUCCUUCUCAAGUGAAUCUGCCAUCUCUCAAUUGCGGAAACUGA